GCUGAGAGGAGCAACUUCUUGGUCCAUCAGGUCCUUGCACAAGACAGGGCCAGGAAGGUCUCCACCGCAAUGGCUGCGGUGGAGAGACUGAGCAAUCCGGCCCCAGACGCCCAUUCGACUGCACAGGAUGUCGAGAUGGAGCAGGUCUCUGGCGAGGCGAAGAUUGCAGCCGAGUCGACCGAGGACAUCGACAUGCCGCAGGUGUCCAAAGAUCUUAAGACUGCGGCCGGAUCUCCCAAGGUUGAUGUCUCACGGGGAGAGUUGCCCCGACAUGCCACUGAACUUGGAGCUUGA